AUGGAGAAAAGUUACAAGAAGCAGAAGAUAUACAUCCCAUGGCUGGGCAGGGCACGCAGGCCUCUACCUGGGCAGCACAGGCAUUGUGAGAAAUGCUUUAACCGUCACUGCCACAUUCCUGUGGAGCCUGAUGUUUCCUGUCUGGUGAUAAACUGCCACCUGUCCUGUGGUGCCAUCUUCCACAUGUGCAAAGAGGCAGAGCAUGAGCUCCUUUGCCCUCUAGAAGAGGUUCCAUGCCUCAACUCCGAAUAUGGCUGCCCCCUUUCCAUGUCCCGCCACAAGCUGGCCAAGCACUUGCAAGUGUGCCCUGCCAGUGUGGUCUGCUGCUCCAUGGAGUGGAAUCGCUGGCCAAAUGUGGACUCUGAAACAACCCUUCAUGAGAACAUCAUGAAAGAGACCCCCAGUGAGGAGUGUUUGGAUACAGCUCUGGCCCUCCAGGACCAGAAGGUCCUUUUCAGAUCUUUGAAAAUGGUAGAACUUUUCCCAGAAACUAGAGAGCCCACUGAGGGGGAACCUACUGUGAAUGGUGAAGCCAGCUGGGAGGAAAUGGGAGGAGCAGUGGGUGGGGCAGAAGCCAGUUUGGUACCACAUGGAUCUCUAUCAGCAACUAAUGGAGAGAUGGCAGAACUGAGUCAAGAAGAACGAGAGGUGUUGGCCAAAACCAAAAAAGGGAUGGACCUAACCAAGUUUGACAAGUGGGAAAACAUAUUCAGCAAAGAGCAUGCAGCCUCUGCUUUAACAAGCUCAUCGGUAGGCUGUGAGAGCAAGAGUGAAAACAGCCCAGGGAAAGAACAGAUUUCUAGCAACAAUAAUGUGGUAGGAGAGGAUGCUCUCAAAGAGAAAGAACCGCAGGAAAACCAGAAGCAGCAGGACUUUCAUGGAGCCCUGGAAACGACAGGGCUCGCCCCUUGGCAGGAUGGUGUUCUGGAAAGACUGAAAACAGCUGUGGAUGCAAAAGACUAUAAUAUGUAUCUGGUGCACAACGGGAGGAUGCUUAUUCACUUUGGUCAGAUGCCUGCUUGCACACCUAAGGAGAGAGACUUUGUUUAUGGCAACCUUGAGGCUCAGGAAGUGAAGACUGUUUAUACCUUCAAGGUUCCUGUGAGCUACUGUGGGAAGCGGGCUCGUGUUGGAGAUGCCAUGUUGAGUUGUAAACCAAGUGAACACAAGGCAGUAGACACUUCAGAUUUAGGGAUUACAGUGGAGGACCUACCCAAAUCAGAUCUCAUCAAGACCACACUCUUGUGUGCUUUAGAAAGAGAACUUAAAGGUCAUGUCAUCUCUGAAUCCAGGAGCAUUGAUGGGCUGUUCAUGGAUUUUGCUACACAGACAUACAAUUUUGAGCCAGAACAGUUUUCCUCUGGGACAGUGCUGGCUGACCUCCUAACCACUGCCAACCCAGGGGGGCUCCAUGUGGAACUCCACAGUGAGUGUGUGACUAGGAGACACAACAAGAGCAGCUCUGCCUUCACUUUCACUUGCAACAAAUUCUUCAGGAGGGAUGAAUUCCCCCUACAUUUCAAGAAUGUCCACACAGACAUUCAGUCAUGUCUCAAUGGCUGGUUCCAGCAUCGAUGCCCUCUCGCCUACUUGGGAUGUACAUUUAUUCAAAACCAUUUCCGUCCCCCAGGGCAAAAGGCAAAAGUGAUCUAUAGUCAGGAGCUCAAGACCUUUGCCAUCAGGCCAGAGGUUGCUUCAGAGCUGAGUGAGACAAAGAAGAACCAUCUCUCAGGCCAUGGAGGGAAAAGCCAGAAUUGUCUAACCAGCCUGCCGCUGGAGGUUUUGCAAUACAUUGCUGGGUUCUUGGACAGCGUCAGUCUGUCCCAGCUUUCCCAGGUGUCUGUGCUGAUGAGAAAUAUCUGUGCUACUUUGUUACAAGAGAGAGGGAUGGUCCUCCUGCAGUGGAAGAAGAAGAGGUAUUCUCACGGAGGCACCUCCUGGAGAGUCCACAGAGAGAUCUGGCAAUUCAGCAGCCUCUUCUCCAAAAUCAAGAGCUGGGAGUUUAAUGAAGUUGCCUCCAUGUCUGAACACCUGAAGGCCUGUCCUUUCAAUGUUAUAGAGCAUAAGACCGACCCAAUUCUUUUGACCAGCAUGUGUCAGCUCCAGGAGCCAGCCCAGGAGAGCUUAGUCACCACCUUUAGAGCCAGACCACGAGGAAGACACACCCGCUAAAGAUUCAGAUGCCACCAUUCUUGGAUUCACCCUCUGAGUUACUAAAAGUAGGACAGAGUGUGAUUUUGAGGACUUUCUUCUGUAAACUGCAUACAUGCUUAUCUAGGUGUAUUGGAGCAUGCACUGCCCUAAACCUGAGCAGUUGCACAAGGUCUAAGAAUUUCCCAAGCCUUGGCUUGUACACUUGCUAUAAGGGCCAUACUGAUAACUUAUUUCCUUCCCCCACCUUUUUUUUUUUUCCUAAAACAAAUCAGUCUGAGGAGAAAAUAGAUAACUUGAGGCCACUAGAAAGAUGAGCCCAAGUCUUAGGAAACAAGAGAGCAGUGAAAUUACAUAACCAGCACAGGCCUGUGCUUUUGUGGAGAACAUUUUAGUUGAUAAGCAUUUUUAAAUAUAGAGGGCAGGUAAUGCAGGAGGGGGCACUGAGGUGUGUCCCAGGGCACCCAGGGUGAAGGGCACAUGGUUUGACGGUUCUGGAGCUGGGGUUAUCUUGAUGGUUAAGUCCAGGUCUUCUUUUAGUCACUCCACCGCCUGUAAGUCCAGGAAGUCCAAGCACAGCACAGCCCAAUAAAAUGGAGACCUUAGCUGAGCACAGCAGCCUCAAGGGCAUCACAGGCCAAAGAAUGAGAGGCAGAAAUGAGGUCGCAGAGUUUGUUGUGGAGAAUCUUGGCAAUAUGUAGAAGGACAGCCUUGCAAAAUGAGAAAGAGUC